GAAGACAAGAGAAGUAAGGUUUUGCUUGUUGUAUGUAAUGUUAUUAACAAGGUUAUAUAAAUGUGGAAGAGAAAGUAAUCACAAGAUGUCUGGGUGGUGUAGUCGGUUAUCACGCUAGUCUCACACACUAGAGGUCCCCGGUUCGAACCCGGGCUCAGACAUUUGUUUUUUCCAAUUUUUAAUCUUGCGAAGAAUCGAUGAUAAUUUUGUAGCGUAGGUAAGGUUUAUUCAGUUAAACCCUCGUCGUCAUCUCUUAAUUAAUCCAAAACAUGAUGAUGAUGAUUUUCAGAGCUUAUCUUCAACCCUCGCUCUUUUCAAGAAAACCUCAUUCACUAAGCUCUGUUGAUGUGGUGAAAUUUAAUUUCUUCAAUGUCACACAAAUGAGAACCAUUUAACAACGGAUUUCUCUGUCCAGACAUUUUCAGGCUAUCUGCUUCUUGAAGGAGAUACAAAAAAUAUUUAGAAAAUGUCUGGAUGCAAUAAAUCACCUAAAAAUGAUCAACAUUCAAUCAAAUAUCGGUGGAUUCAACAUGGAGGGGCAUCCUCUAAGGCUGAUCUUUCUCGUGUAGAUUGUUCACCUCCUCUUUCCAAUAAUGAGAACAAGCAAUGCUAUAGAAGUUCUCAACUGAAGUCCCCUGAAAUACUGACCACGCCGCAGCUCAUCUCUGCAAUAGGCCAGUUAUGGGAUUCUGCUAGUCGCCCACUUUCAUUUUUACUCCCGAAGGAAAAUGUAAAUAAAGAUGAUAAAGGAUUCUCAAAAGAGAAUAUUCUGGGUAACAUUCAUGAGAAUAACAAUGGUGUGGUUACUUCAAAUAAAACUAAUUACUAUUCUGUUAAUCCGGGCACUACUUGCUUCGGUUCACAAAUUGUGCAGGAAAAAUUGGAUUUCCCUAAGGUAACACAGAAGAUGUUAAUACUUGAAUCGUCUUAUGGAAGUCAAGAUUAUAUACAUUCUUUAUUCCAUAGAUUUUCACAGGCAAGUGAUAAAAAUUCAAAUGAAUAUUGUGAUAAACUGGAACUUGAGAGUGAAGAAAUUUCGUUUAGAUCAGGAAAUGUUCCUAGUGAGCUAAACUGUCAUGCAAAGGUUACUGAGCCUGAGAACCUGAAAACUAAUUCUUUGGUUGCCAGAGACUGCAUUUCAAUAGACGCAAGCCCCAUUUCAUUGGCUAAUGAAAGGGAUGUAUGCGAUCCUGAUGUACUCAUAUGUGAAGCUCCAUCAUUAACUAAUGAUGCAGUUCUGAACACAAAAGAAGUUAACCCUCUGUGUUCAGACUAUUUUCUUCAAGUUGUGCCUCAUAAUCAGAUGGAUGUUGGUGCUUGUCAGACCCUAUCUUCUAGUAUCUACGCAGACUAUCAUAUUGUCAACUCUUUAGCUACCUGUAACACUGCUAACACUGCUUCUGUGCAGUGUCAAUGUAAGAUUGAUGAUGAUGAAAAUGAAUUAAUGGAAAUUCAAAGAAGCCAUUUAUCAGAUAUAACCAGUGAUGAACCUAAGCUUCAGACCUUCUCUGCAACCCAUCAGAAGCCUUCCCAUUCCCUUGCCAAGCAAGAACAUGCUUUUUCUGGAGCGUUGGCUGGAAUAUGUGUCAGCUGUUGUCUGCAUCCUGUUGACACAAUCAAGACAGUUGUUCAAUCAUGUCGUGCAGAACAGAGGUCCAUCUUUUACAUUGGCAAAUCAAUUAUUUCUGAUAGAGGUUUUCCUGGACUAUAUCGUGGAAUUACUACAAACAUUGCAUGUUCAGCUCCAAUUUCUGCAGUUUAUACUUUCACGUAUGAAUCAGUUAAAGCAGCUUUGCUUCCUUAUCUUCCAAAGGAGAAUUAUUCUUUUGCCCAUUGUGUUGGAGGUGGUUGUGCAAGCAUUGCCACAUCUUUCAUCUUCACUCCUAGUGAGCGAAUAAAGCAGCAGAUGCAAGUUGGAUCUCAUUAUCGCAACUGCUGGGAUGUAUUGAUCGGAAUUAUCAGAAAUGGUGGUCUUUCCUCGCUAUAUGCAGGUUGGAGAGCUGUACUAUGCCGAAAUAUCCCACAUUCAAUGAUCAAGUUUUACACAUAUGAAAGCUUGAAGCAAGUGAUGCCAUCUUCUAGUAUUCAAUCCCACACAUUUCAGACUUUAGUGUGUGGAGGAUUAGCUGGAACGACUGCUGCUUUAUUCACGACUCCGUUUGAUGUGAUCAAGACAAGAUUACAGACACAGAUUCCUGGAUCAAGAAAUCAAUAUGAUAGUGUGUUCCAUGCCCUUUACCAAAUUAGCAAGACCGAAGGUUUGAAGGGCUUAUACAGGGGAUUGACUCCAAGGUUGAUUAUGUACAUGUCUCAAGGAUCAUUGUUCUUUGCUUCAUACGAAUUUUUCAAGAGUGUAUUUUCUCUGGAAGCAUCACUUCCCACUGGUUUAUAAACUCACCACGAUAACAAGAAUGCUAGCAGCAGCAUUGUGUUUAUACUGCUUGGAAGAAAAGUUUAAUGGUGCCACAAGCUGCAAGCAAGUUCAUAAACUGUACAUUUGAUAAUUGUAUGUGUAUAUUAAUAGCAUAUAUAAUGCAGGUGCAGAAGAUACACAGCAAUCAACCAUUGGGGAAAUCAUGCUUCCCUAAGUUGACAGGACCAAUGUUCAUAUUUUUAAAGUAGGGACUAAAGUUGGAAGGAGCCAAUUUUGUAGGGAUGAAAUUCAUAUUUAACCCUAAUUUUAAUGUUCUUCUAAAGAAAUUUGUAUUUCUUUUCCGGAAUUUAUGUAUGAAUACCAUAUUAAAAAUUUACGAUUGCCAUCAUGUUACUCCGUUUAUA